AUGAAAGUUCUGGAGAGUUUUCAGUGUGAGCUCCUGACAUACACUAUCACGUCUCCAUCACCAUCUACAGAAGAGAUUAUACAUGGUGACUUUGUGCAGUUUGACUUUGCCCCUGAUGUUGUGGUGGAUGGCUCAAGCGUUCAGUUGCAGUACCAGUGCUCCAGAGCCUGUGAGAUCCAGUUGGAAGUGUUGCUCUCAACGGUGCAGAGUACCGGUGUGAAGGUCUUCAGGAAAAGAUGGACCAACCUCAGACGUCUGGGGAAACCAAAGACUCUAACGGUGGCACUUGCCUUUCCAGCAUGUGUAACCUACAGGAGAGACUUUUUUGUCAGACAGUCGGUGGAUGUACGAGAUGUCAUGCUGAGGGCCUGGUUGAACCAUCUUGACAGAGUUAAAAGUGGAGAUGAAAACAGCUCUGAUUAUCACAGAUCUCUGGUCCGAACAUUCAAAAUCCUCCAGACAGUUCCACCCUCCGAGCGCCCUGUAAAACCACGCACCAGAUGUCCAGCCUGGGAUGCAGAGCUGACGUGGAAAUUGACUAAAGACAGAGUGCGACAGUGCCCUCACGAAUCAGAUACAGUGGACCUAUUGACAUUUCCUUUUGUCAGCACCGGGGAGAACUUUGGCGUCAUUCGCACCUUCAAGUCUUUCAUUAACCGGGAUCUUGAGAGAGUUCGCAUCUUUACCGCAGACAAACCCAGAGUGACGGUGUCUGUGUGGAUGUACCUGCUGGACUGGUGUAGCGGCAAUCUGUGUGGGAUCGUCAAACACUUGAAUGAGCAUCAGAACUACACCACUCCUCUUAUAAUGCUGACAAACACAGGCAAAUUGGUGGUUCAGGCCCGUUUUGCAUCUGGUGAAGAACACGCGUUCACAGUUCAUGCAGCCCUCCCUCUUCGGACAUGGAUCCGACUGGACUGCUUCAUCCAAGUUUCAAAGGCAAACAUCAAAAUACAUUAUACUGCACUCACAGGGGGAACAGUGGAGACAUCACACACUUACAAUUUUCAGAAAUCACUCCACCACAACGACACCACGGGCUAUUUCGUGAUUGGAGGGGACAAGUACAUGACUGGGAUUCAUGGCUACUUUGGACCAAUCAAAUACUAUCGUCUCGGAUCUGACAAGGUUGUAAACCCUCUGGCUCCCAGACAGACACUUGAGGAGUUAGACAGGGUCCAGCAGGGUUGUGAGAACAUGAGGGAGGUCAUAGUCGGCUUUCUGGAGGAGCAGAGAAAAAACGGAGACGUCGGAGUAGAAGAUGUAUGUCUGUCAUAUUAUGAAGAUUUAAGAAAAAAGUUUGGUCAAAAGAUGUGCAAGCAAACAUGGACUUGGGAGCAGCAAAGGAAACAUGGUCCGAUGCUGAAAUUCCUGCACUCUCAACAAGACAAACUGAACUCAGGCCUAUGGAGCAGCACCAUGGCUUUGCGAUUUGGCCAGCGUCUGUUUGAUGAUGCAGUGAGGCAGAUGACCAGAGCUGCAGCGGUGACAGGGCUGGAGCCCACGUUCACCUCCUGGACAGAGAUGCUUCAGGUGGCCUCCUGCUGGGGUCACGACAGGGCCUCACUCUUACUUGCUACCACUCACCUGGCUGGCCUUGGGGUCCCUGUGGACUGGGAGCAGGGUCACGUUUACAGUUUGAUUGGUGCCGUGAGGGAUGACCGCCUGGCACUCCUGCAUCUGGGCUACAAGCACAUGCAGGGAUUGGAUGGCUUCCCCAAAGACUAUGACAUGGCUUAUGGUUACUAUGCCAACGUGGGCAGACAGACGAGCAUUGACCGUGAAAAAGUCCAGGACUCCAGGCAAUAUAUGACAGAGCACGUUCACCUGAGCAAUGAGGAGGAGGUUCAGAACCAGAUGUCUGAGACGGGUGACGUGGUCCAGUACCUCAAACUGCAGGCCGAGAGAGGGGAUAUCGAAUCUCAGAAAACACUGGCAAGGAUGCUGUUCUGGGGCCAAAACGGUGUGACAAAAGACAUCGCUGCAGCUGUACAGUGGUAUGCCAGAGGUGCCAUGCAAAUGACUGACCCCAUCGCCAUGUAUGACUAUGCCAUUCUGUUACUGAAGGGAACAGGUGUGAAGAAGAACACAACCCUUGGACUGAAGCUUAUGGAGAAGGCUGCUGCCAUGGGUUUUGGAGAUGCUCUGAAUGGUCUUGGCUGGUACUAUAGCACAAUCAGGAAGAAUGAGACAAAAGCGAUGGAAUACUUUGAGCUAGCAGCUCAAAACGGCAGCCGUGAUGGCAUCUUUAAUCUGGGUGUGUACCAUCUGAGAGGGCUUAACCCACACAAGCCUGGGAAGAAUGAGACAGCUGCGUUUCACUGCUUCUUUCAAUCAGCGCAGUAUGGACAUGUAGAGGGUGCAGUGGAGGCUGCCUCCUACCUGUCCACGGGAGCCCUGUUUGGUGUGUCCAGAGACCCGUUAAAAGCUGUGAUUUUGCUUAAAAACAUCUGUGAGCGGAACGGCUUUCUGGGUUUUACCGUUAGAGAGGCUCUGAAAACAUACAUGCAAGGCUCAUGGGAGGAGGCUCUAGUGAAGUAUGCAAUGCUAGCAGAGACAGGACUUGGCGUGGCUCAGAACAAUGCUGCUCACCUCUGUGAGGAGCUGAAAGAUGACAAUGGCUGUCAGUGGAGAUAUCAUAAUUAUUCUACAUAUAAUCAUGCUCCACAUCCCUCUGGUUUACUGAAGAUGGGAGAUCGUUACUGUCAGAGUGAGGGAUCUGGUGAUAUGGUUCUAGCUGUAGAAAUGUACAGCAGAGCAGCACUGGCUGGCAGCCCUGAGGCAUUGUAUAACCUGGCUGUGUUGACUGAAGAUGGAUACGAGGUUCCAGAGAACAUUCUAGAACUAAUGCAGAUUUCUGCCCAGAAGAAGCAGGAUCGGAGUGAAGUUGUGGAGAAACUCUUACUAAGAUGCAUAGAGUUUGAGGAUGAAGAGAACAUCAGCCCAUGUUCACUAGCCCUGUUAAGAAUCCAGAUGAGGAAAGCAUGGAGUGACUUUACUCAGAGUACAGUCCAACUGGCACUGGCUUCUGGAAUCAUCUGCUUCGUCAUCAUCGUUGUAGCGAUUGCUAUGCUGCACAGUCUGUUGGCUCACCAGUCCACUCCGGCUAACCACUUGUCAGAGGAGCUGAGGGAUCAUCAAGCUGUCAAUCAUGGGGUCCAAGAAAAUGGAUUGGAGAACAGCACCCAUGAAGGCAGGCCUCAGGUUAUUCAGGAUGCCUCCGUGAACAGAAACAUUCGAGUCAGCAUAACAGAAAUGACCAGAACACUGCAGGAGACAGCAGACCUGUUUAUUACGGCAACAGGAGUGUGUUUGUGUGCUCUGUGUACAAUAUUCUUGUCCCAUCUGCUCUGA